AUGUCUUGGACCGUCCACAGUGUGUACUUUGUGUGUUUGUGUGGUUUAGUAAGGACACAGGUGAUACCCAGCAAAUCACGGGCCAGCGAUGGGGACUUCAAUAACGUGAACACUGAUGGAUCAUUCGAUUUUGGCUACGCGAACAAAGACCGAGGUGGCAGCUACCACUUGGCGAGGGGCAACCAGAACGGUGUGGUGGGCGGCCGUUUCGGCGCAAGAGAUCCAGCUACGGACACUGUCAAAGAGACCAUUUACACCGCAGGGCCGAGAGGGUUCCGUCCGAAGGGUCCAAACGUGCACCGAAAAAUCGACUUAGACCAACGACCCCGCGGUCCCAUAGGGAACAAGGACGACCCCUACUUCGAUCCCAACGAAGACCCGAGCUAUUCUUACAAAUUCGACACGAGAACCUAUUCGAAAAACGAGAACGCCGAUAGUAGGGGCGACGUAAAAGGACACUACUCGUUCGUGGACGACGCCGGGGAGCGACAUGAUGUGUCCUAUGUCGCUGGACGUGACACGGGAUUCCACGUGUCCUCCUCACACCCAGACAGCCCCAGUGUGAUAGGCUCCCCGUUCCACAGGCAACCACUUGUGCGUGGUGAGACCAAGUCCAGAGGUCGCACGGCCGUGCAACGAGGGUUAGACGGAUCUUACAGAUUCAUAUCAGCGGGACCUGAUCAGCGGAGAUCCGAGAGUAGUGACUCACAAGGCAACGUCAGAGGGUCCUACACAUUUUUGGACGAUAAAGGCGUACAAAGGACAGUGAACUACAUUGCUGGCCCUGGUAUCGGAUAUCGCAUCGUUAAAAACAGUAAAGAUCCUUUCAUACCGCCCUUCUUCCCUACAAUACCGAGCGCAUACGAUCCUGAUUUUGUGAAUGGUGCAAUCGGACCCAGUGUUGCGAGCUACACUCCGGAUGACACCGUUGGGGAAGAUGUAUUUAAAGGCCCAGAUGGUUCGGCGGCGUCAGGUCAUGUAAAGCCACCACCAUUCACCACGAGUGACAAAGAGAGACCGAGUAAUACACUUGAUAUCGAGUCUAGCCCGCCAAAUAGUUUAGAAAAAGGACAGGGUGACUUUACUCAAGGUCCCACGUACCCUCAGGAGUCAGAGAGCGGAGACUCGAGUUUUGUUGACGAGGAUGCUUCAAGUUACGGAGGCUCCCAGCCUACACAAGGACCAGGCAAACCAUGGCGUCCCACAAGCAAGCCUUUUAGGCCGACGAAGAAACCUUAUGUGCCCCUAAAACCUUCACAGGUGUCAGAUAAUAGAGACGAACAUGAUAAAGAUUUCGAAGAUGAGAAACAUGACACAAACAGUCCAGAAUUUGGUGUAGGAUUCAAUGUUCAACAAACGAAGCCGAGAACUACAAUAAUUAAGAAUAUAGGUCAGAGUUAUUUCGGUAUACCACCGGGUGUGUCGGUUAGGGCCCAUGUGCAAAGCAUUGAUUUGUAUCCCUUCGGCUCCAAGCCUAUUUCGCCAUCAGAGGCCCUAGAAAAUGACAAAACA